UUCAUAGCUACUUUCUGCUCAUUACAUGUACAACAAUUACUUUCAAAGUUGAUAGAUACAACAAAAACAUCUACCAAAAAUGACACAAUACAUGCCUAUAUUCAGAUCAUGUUGCACCAUAAAAACACUCACUCAACUUCAUGCCCAUCUAUUAGUAACAGGCCAACACACCAGCCAUCUUGCUUCAACCAAACUCAUUGAUUCAUAUGCCAAUUUUGGUUCCCUCAAUUCUGCAAAUCUUGUAUUCAAGUCAUUCCCUUAUACCCCUGAUUCUUUCAUGUAUGGCGUCCUCAUUAAACGUUACGUUUGGCACGGUUUUUACGAAAAGGCCCUUGCUUUAUACUGCAAUAUGCUGCAACAACUGACCCUUAUUAGCAGCUUCAUUUUUCCGUCUGUUUUACGCGCUUGUUCUGGUUUUGGUGAUCUGGGUCUUGGACAGAAUGUUCAUGGGAGGGUUAUCAAAUGUGGGUUUGAGUCGGAUCCUGUUGUUCAGACUUCGUUGCUGAAUAUGUAUGCGGAUGCGUCUUUUUUGAGUUACGCAUGUAAAGUGUUUGAUGAAAUGCCUCAACGAGAUGUUGUGUCUUGGAGUUCUGUUAUUUCAAUGCAUGUUCGUAAUGGGGAAGCUAGUCAUGGGUUGAGAUUGUUUAGGGAGAUGGUGGGAGACGGGUAUGAACCGGAUUAUGUGACUUUGCUUAGUGUGGCUGAAGUAUGCGGUGAGCUGGGUUUGGGGAUGCAAGCGAAGUCGGUUCAUGGUUAUGUAGUGAUGAGAAAGAUUGAAAGCAGUGAUUUUAGUAUGUUGAAUAACUCUCUUAUUACAAUGUAUGGAAAAUGUGGAGAUUUAUAUAGUGCUCGGUGUCUUUUUAAUCGUGUUACUAGUCAUUGUACGUCAUCAUGGACCGCUAUGAUUACGUGCUACAAUCACAAUGGUUACUACCAUGAAGCAUUAGACCUUUUCAGUAAAAUGCAAGAAUCUAAAGCAGAACCAAAUGCAAUCACUAUGAUGGGCAUUCUUUGUUCUUGUGCUAGACUAAGUUGUUUAAAACAAGGCAAAUCAAUUCAUGGUGCCGUUAUCAGGAAACACCUUGACCCUGAUAAUGAUAUACUGGGGCCCACGCUGGUGGGGUUGUAUGCUAGCUGCGGAAAGUUGACUACUUGCCACAAUAUAUUUGAUAUAGCUAGGGAUCAACAUGUAAUUACAUGGAAUAUGCUCAUAUCAGGUUAUAACCGAGAGGGAAUGUCAGAAGAGGCAUUGAAUCUAUUUAAACAAAUGCUGUCACACACGAUAUCACCAGACCAAUUCACAGUAGCAAGUGUUGUUUCAGCCAGCGGAAACAUAGGUUUCUUUAAUCUUGGAAAUCAGAUUCAUAGCUAUGUUACUAAAGUAGGGGUUUUGAAUGAAUUUGUUCUGAAUUCAUUAAUUGAUAUGUAUGCUAAAUUGGGCUAUGUAGAUGCAGCAAAUAGCUUGUUUAGCAGCCAGCAUAUUAAGAGUGUAGUAACUUGGAAUUCUAUGAUGUGGGGGUUUUGUAAUAAUGGUAACUCUGUUGAGGCCAUGAAUCUAUUCGACCAGAUGUACGCGAAUGGUCAAGAAAUGGAUGAUGUAACUUUUUUGAGUGCAAUUCAAGCUUGUUCGGAUUUAAGAGAUCUUGCAAAGGGAAAAUGGAUUCAUCACAAGCUCAUCACACAUGGUAUCAUGAAGGAUACAUAUGUGUACACAGCUUUACUUGACAUGUAUGCCAAAUGUGGUGAACUAUGGAUGGCUGAAACCGUUUUUGACAUCAUGCCACUCAAGAGUGUCGUGUCAUGGAGUGCCAUGAUUGAUGCUUAUGGGAUGCAUGGUUUGGUUGAUAUGGCUAUCUCAGUUUUUGAUAAUAUGCUAGAAUCUAAGAUGAAACCGAAUGAAAUUACCUAUAUGAACAUCCUAUCUGCUUGUAGUCAUGCUGGAUAUGUUGAAAAGGGCAAGCAUUAUUUCGACUCAAUGAAGAAGGAUUUUGGGAUUGAACCUAAAUUAGAACAUUUUUCUUGCUUGAUUGAUCUUCUGAGCCGAGCUGGUCAUCUUGAUGAUGCAUAUGAUACUGUAAUUUCCAUGCCAUUUCCACCCAAUUCUGGCAUAUGGGGUUCUUUGCUGAGUGGUUGUCGGAUUCACAGGAGACUAGAUAUGAUCAAAUUGAUUCAAGAAAAUAUUGAAAAGAUUGAUGACACGGGAUAUUACACUCUGUUGUCUAAUAUAUCUGCUGAAGGAGAAGACUGGAAACAAUUUCAGACUGUGAGAUCAAUGAUGAAAACUACAGGUCUCAGAAAAGUUGAGGGAUGCAGCACCGUUCAGACGAGAUGAUGAGUUAUGAAGUUAUACGGCACAUAUAUCCUUGCUGACUAGGCCCAGGCUACUUACUCAAGUCUCUAUGCUUCAUCAAACUCCCUUUAUAUAAAACCUGACUCCAUCUUCCAUCUGAAGUAUACAUAAUCGACAAGAGCACAUAACAGGAAUAAUGAGG